AUGACGACCCCUCUAAGGGAAGAACUGGCAACUCUGCAGCGUCAAGUAGAGCUGCUGGGUCGAUCGCUGCAAUCGACCACCACGCCUGCACCUAGCAAUUACCAAGCACCAGCCACGCACACAACCACUGCCCACGGAAUUUCAAAAUAUCCCACGUCCGGCGCCAGACCAAACCAUACCGGAGACGACGCCACCGGACACGCCGCGACCGAACAGUCAAGCGAGCAGCCGGACGAACUUCACGGCGUCCACAAUCAAACACCAGGAGUAACCGAACAGCAUCACGAAAGUCCCACAACGGGGGAUGCAGCACACGACGACAAACCAAACACAACCGGGCAAAGUGAAAUUUUCGAAACUACAGAUCAGGUUAACACGGAUAGAACAAACGAGACUGAUCAAUACCAAACGGUGACGGACGCAGAGCAUCCAAUGGAUAUGUCGGAGCCAGUACAUGAACAGCGUUACGGUGAUAACUUCGAACACUACGAACAGAAUCCUGAGACGAAUACGGAGUACAAUCAGGAAUACGAUAAGAAUCAGACCCCACACGAGGAGAAUGAAACAGGAUACACGGAGCCACAAUACGAGAAUUACGAACAGUAUCCCCAACAAUACACCGAACCAAAUGCACAGUACGACGGACAAUUUGAGAACUAUCCUACUGAUGGUAACUACCAAGGUGAAUACAACGAACCUCAGUACAACCUGUACGCGGCAGAAUACCAAGAACACACACCAGAGGCACAACAAGAAGCAGGUGUCCAUGAAGACCAUGAACAAAGUAUCGAAUCACCGUCCGGCAAACCCAAACCGAUCAAGUCCGAAGUAAAUCCGGAUCAAACGGAAUCCAAUGGCAGU